AUGAAACUGAAUCUGAAGGUUAUAGCUGCAAGCCUUUCCAGAACUGAAACAUCCUCUUUGAAAGUGGCUCUGAACAUGUUAGGCUUUCCCUGUUACCACUAUUGCGAAGUGAUAAUGAAUAAUCAAUUCGAUCUAUGGCACAAUAUUUUGUCUGGGAAGUCUGAAGAUUAUAAGAGUGUAUUUAGUGGGUACACUGCAACAGUGGACGUCCCCUCUGUUACAAUGUAUCACAAAUUGAUGGAAUUGUGUCCUGAGGCAAAGGUAAUCCUUACUGUGCGUGAUCUGCAAACGUGGUAUGAGAGUUUAAAAGAUACUUCUUACCAUGAUCAAAUUGCAGCACAUUUAGCCCUGAAUAAGUUGACACUGUGGGAUGGUAUGUUCGGCGGGAGGUUCGAGGACAGAGAAUACGCCAUCAGUGUGUAUGAAGUGCAUAUGGAAGCUGUGAAGAGUUAUGUGUCUUCUCACAAAUUACUUGUAUUCAAUGUAAAGGAAGGAUGGCCUCCCCUCUGUAAUUUCUUGGGCACUCCUCUGCCUCCCGCUAAUACACCAUUUCCCCACUUAAAUGAUAGAGCGAAAUUCAUCGAACGUCUUUCUACAUUUAAGAAAAAUUAG